AUGUUCAAUGAAGCUAUUGAGUUGUUUGAAGAUUUGUUGCGGUUCCCGGAUUUGAAACCCGAUAGUUACACGUAUCCAAGUGUGUUGAAGGCUUGUGGUGGAUUAAGGAGAGUAGAAUAUGGAAUCAAGGUUCAUGUCAAUCUGAUAAAAUCCGGGUAUUUAUCAGAUGUUGUUGUCGCUAGCUCUUUGAUAAGUGUGUAUGCCAAGUCCGGAGGGUUUGGAUUAGCUGUAAAGGUGUUCGAUGAAAUGCCUGAAAAAGACGUGGCUAGUUGGAAUAACGUGAUUUCUUGCUAUUAUCAAAGUGGUCAGUACGAGAAAGCUUUGGGUUAUUUUGAGAGGAUGAAAAAAUUGGGGUUUAGGCCCGAUUCUGUCUCCUUCACGACAGCCAUUUCAUCUUGUGCAAGGCUUUUGGAUAUGGAAAGAGGGAAGAGGAUCCAUGAAGAAGUGAGUCCUGAUUCUGUACAAAUGUGGAGCAUCUCUAUAAUAAAGAAAUCUUGCAGAAGUUCGAUUUCUCACACACUGAGCUUGUUGCAUCUUCUCAGAAAUAAGAAUCAAUCUAACCACGGUUGA